GUAUGCUUUGGGCUCUCAGGCGCAGCUUUAGCACUUGGUCCGAAGAGAUUGCCACUCGCCUCUUCGUCUCGAUAAUACGACCAAUGCUAGAGUAAGGCACUCCCGCAUACUGUCCCAUCACCCGGGGCGAAGUAGAAAAGCUUGAGCGGGUGCAGCAUGUAGCCACUAGGCUGAUUCCCAACUUACGAGGUAUGCCAUACGAAGACCGAUGUAAGAAACUAGGGUUAUACACCCUAUCUUAUCGUCGGCUGAGGGUUGACCUCAUCAUGACGCACCGAAUAUUACAUCUGGGUGAUUACCCCAUGUUGAGACAACUACUUCAUCUGCGCACACCAAGCUGCACGCGAGGACACCGGUAUAAACUUAUCAUCCCGGAUUUGAAGCGGGUCGCCCAUCAACUCUGUUUCGAACGAAGAGUGGUGAAUGUCUGGAACGACCUGCCUCAGCAUAUAGUAGAAGCGAACACAGUGGCUAAAUUCAAGAUGCUACUAGACAAACAAUUUGCAGAGGCAAAGUACAGAGAGCGAAACGAUAAAUAAA